UUGACAUUUACAUCCCCCCGUCCCCCGUCCCCCUAACCUCUUUUCUUUCUUCCGAAAAAUUUGUGAACCAUGGCUGCCGGGGUUCUAUAUACAUAUCCGGAGAAUUUCCGUGCCUACAAGGCGCUGAUCGCCGCACAGUAUUCUGGGGCCGAUGUCAAAGUAUCUCCAAAUUUUGUGUUCGGGGAAACUAAUAAAUCAGAAGAUUUUCUGAAGAAGUUCCCUGCUGGAAAAGUGCCAGCAUUUGAGAGUGCCGAUGGAAAGGUAUUGCUGACCGAAAGCAAUGCCAUCGCUUACUAUGUUGCUAAUGCGGCGCUGCGAGGCAAUGACCUGAAGACACAGGCUCAGAUCUGGCAAUGGGCGUCCUGGGCCGACAGCGAGCUGCUGCCCGCCUCGUGCGCCUGGGUGUUCCCCUACCUCGGCAUCAUGCAGUUUAACAAACAGAACGUAGAGCGGGCGAAGAACGACUUGCUCGCCGCGCUGCGCGUGCUAGACGCGCACCUGCUCACGCGCACGUUCCUGGUCACGGAGCGCGUCACGCUGGCCGACAUCAUCGUCUUCUCCACGCUCAUACACGCUUUCCAGCACGUGCUGGAGCCGGGCGCGCGCGCGGCGCUGGGCAACGUGUCGCGCUGGUUCGGCACGCUGGCGGGGCAGCCGCAGGCGCGCGCCGUGCUGGGCGCGCUGGCGCUGGCGGCCGGCCCGCCCACCUACGACCCCAAGAAGUUCCAGGACUUGCAGAAGAAGGAUGGUGGCAAAAAGGAUAAGAAGCCAGAGAAGAAGGAACAACAGCCCAAGCCCAAGAAAGAGAAGGAGGUAGAGCCGCAGGACGACUUGCUGGAGGAGGAGAAACCUAAGGAGUCCAAGGACCCCUUCGACGCCAUGCCCAAGGGCACAUUCAACAUGGACGAUUUCAAGCGCUGCUACUCCAACGAGGACGAGGCCAAGUCCAUCCCGUACUUCUGGGAGAAGUUCGACCCGGAGCACUACUCCAUCUGGUUCGCGGAGUACAAGUACCCCGAGGAACUGUCUAAAGUGUUCAUGAGCUGUAACCUCAUCACAGGCAUGUUCCAGCGCCUCGACAAGAUGCGCAAGCAGGCGUUCGCGUCCGUGUGCCUGUUCGGGGACGACGGCGACUCCAGCAUCUCCGGCGUGUGGGCCUGGCGCGGCCAGCAGCUGGCCUUCCCGCUGAGCGCCGACUGGCAGAUCGACUACGAGUCGUACUCGUGGAAGAAGCUGGACCCGGCUGACGAGGAGACCAAGAAACUGGUGCAGCAAUACUUCUCGUGGUCCGGCACCGACAGCAAAGGACGCAAAUUCAAUCAGGGCAAGAUCUUCAAGUGAUCUCGGGGUCGCAGUGCAAGCAAACAGUGUCUGACUCUCAAUCGCAUUUAUUUUCAUCCCACAGUGAACAAUCUUGUACGAUGCCAGCUUUGUAAUAAAUAAAUUGUUUUUUAUUUAUUA